AUGAGCAGCCCCCGGACGCUGCUGCUGCUGCCGCUGCGGGGGCCAGUCCCGGCUGCCUGGCUCCGGAUCGGGCUCGGGUUCGGGUUCGGGCUCGGGCUCCGGCUCCGGAACCUGCGGGCGCCUGCCGCCGGCUGCGCUGCGACCCGUCUGCUGGGGACGAAGGUCGGGACCCUCGGGGGCGGUCCCGGGAGAGGAGAAGGAUGCGAAGGGACGCGCACGGUGCGGCUCGGCUGCGCCUCCGCUUUCUGGGGAGACACGGCGGCCUCAGUACCUCAGCUGCUGUAUAAGGGAAAGCUGGAUUUUUUGGUUUUUGACUAUCUCUCAGAGAUAACUAUGUGUCUGCUAACUACUGCAAAGGCCAAAUCAUCAGACUUGGGUUAUGUUCCUGAUUUUGUGCAGACUGCAAUGGCUCCAUAUAUUAAAGAUAUUCAUAAAAAAGGCAUUCGUGUUAUCAGUAAUGCUGGUGGGACCAAUCCUCAUGCUUGUGCUAAGGCUCUUCACAGGGUGGCAAAGGAGGCUAACGUGGAUUUGAAAAUAGCAGUUGUCACUGGGGAUGACAUAAUGGGCAAGAAAGAUAACCUAAAAGGAUCAGGGAUUACAGAUAUUGAGAAUGGAAAGCCAUUUCCUGACACCAUUCAAAGUAUGAAUGUAUACCUUGGAGCAAGACCAAUAAGCCGAGCCCUUGACUUGGGUGCUGACAUUGUUUUGACUGGCCGAUGUGUGGACAGUGCUCUUGUCCUGGGACCACUUAUUCAUUCUUUUGGCUGGAAUAGAAAUGACUUUGACUUACUAGCAGCUGGAAGUCUUGCAGGCCACCUCAUUGAAUGUGGUGCUCAGUGUACUGGGGGAAUAUACACCGAUUGGCAUAUGGUGCCAGACUGGCACAACAUAGGAUUUCCCAUAGUGGAAUGUUCUCCUGAUGGACAAUUUGUUCUCUCCAAGCCGCCCGCCACAGGAGGCCUUGUCUCUUUUGGUACUGUGGCUGAACAAUUGGUGUAUGAAAUAGGAAAUCCUCAAGUCUACCUCUUGCCAGAUGUGACUUGUGACUUUUCUCAAGUCACUAUUACUGAAAUUCCAGGUAUUGAAGGUGGGGCUGUGCAAAUCCAUGGAGCGAAGGGAUCAGCUCCUUCUGCAUCUUAUAAGAUAAGUGCUUCUUACCUGGAUGGUUUCAGAGCAACUGCUGUGUGUCCAAUAGGAGGGCCGAGAGCCACAGAAAAAGGAAGGCGGACAGCUGAAAGUAUUUUGAGAAGAACUCGCCUUAUGUUUGAAGAGCUGGGCUUGGAAGAUUAUAGUGCCGUUCACAUUCAGAUUUUAGGAGCUGAAGAAACAUAUGGGCCCCAUGCAAAAGCUGGCCUAGGUGGGGGCCCCCGAGAAGUUGUUCUCUGGCUUGCAGUACAACACAAACAGAAGAAGGCACUGGAAAUCUUUUCAAGAGAAAUUGCACCAGCUGGCACAGGAAUGGCACCUGGCCUGACUGGAGUUGUUGGAGGUCGUCCAAAAGUAUCUACAGUUCUGAAACCAUUUUUUUUCCUGUAUCCCCAAAGAAAUGUCAAGAUUGAUAUCUAUAUUAAUGGACAGCAUGUCGAAACGUUUCAGGAGGAUCUCACCUUUACAACAGAUGAAUUUGUUUCACCUGACAUACCUGAGAGAGAUGAUGAGCUAAAAGAUCUACCCCAUGGCUCACUGACAUAUCGUUUAGAAGAUCUGGCCUAUACCAGAAGUGGAGAUAAAGGCAACUCUGCAAAUAUAGGCAUUGUAGCACGGCAUCCCCUCUAUUAUCCGUACUUAAAAAAAAUCUUAACUGCUCAGGCAAUAGAAGACUACUUCCAACACCUUCUGCAUAAAGAACAGGCAGAAGAGACUUUAGUCACAAGAUAUGAGUUACCAGGAAUAUAUGCAUUAAACUUUGUUUUGAAAAACUCCCUUGGUGGUGGCGGCCUCGCAUCCUUGAGGAAUGACCCACAAGGCAAAGCUCUUGGACAAAUGCUAUUGGACUUCCAGAUUAAAAACGUUCCUGAUUUAAAAUCCCUAGUAGAAUGACCAAAACAAGUGCAUCCACUUUGGGAAAUUUAAUGUUUCCUAAUAAAAACACAAAACUGAAACUAAAACAAAAGACCAAAGGAGUAAAUAUAAUAAAUAAACAGUAGCAUGGUGAGUCAACAGCUACAUCACCACCAAAAAGUUAUCAGUGGGAGGGAGAGGGUAAGUGGCUUUGAGAAAAAGACACCAAAGUGUUCACCUUUUAUGCAAUAACCACUAAGACUGGCUUAGUCUAUCAUUUAUGUAUGUCUUCUUAGCAUUUAAUGCAACUUUUCUUUAUUUCCUAUAAAAUAUACUUAUUAAAUGAUGGUAAAAACAUACUUUGUUUAUACACACACACACAUACACACACACACACUCAAUGCCAAAAUCUACACUGAGUUGGCUUUAGCGCUCAUCUAUGAGCAAUAUAUCUUAUUCUUUGUUAUUGCCUCUUCGGAUUUCUUGCUGAUUGUAAUUCAUAGAAGUCCUUAUGCAUUGGGGGUACAGAUUAUAAAUCUGGGAUCAAAAGUAGCCCUCAAUUACUUAUUAUCUAGAAUGAGUGCUAUUUGAAAACAUUAGUGUUUUUUUUUUCUUUUCAGGCAGCUGUAUUUGAAAAAAAAAAAUAUCCCAAUAUUCAACAUCCUAUCUUGGAAGUCAGAAGGCAUGAAAUUUAAAAGUGCAUUCAGUUAAUAUGUUAAUACACAAUAAAGGCUUGCCAUUAAACUGCCUUGGUCCACAGGAUUGCCCUAUUCUGUACCCCCAAAGACUUUUUUUAAACCAAUAAUUUAGCUACUUUGAAGAAAGCAUUAUGGUAUAUUGGAAAGAAAACUGUAUUUAAGUUUAGAAGUUAGAGAUUAGAUAAUUAAUAAACAUUUAUUAAGUACUUACUAUGUGCCAGGUACUGUGCUAAGCAUUAGACAUGGGUUCACUCUUGAUUCUUCUAUGAAUUAUCCAUAUGACAUUGAGCAAAUUACUUAACCUCUCUGGGCCUCAGUUUCCUCAUUGUUAAAAUGAGGGGUUUGUACCAGAUGGUCUUGACAUCUCUUCUAGCUGUAAGUCUCGUGAGUGGAUCUGAAGGGACGCCCCUUCCUAGAUUAUGCCAAAUUCUACACGAUGGCAAAAUAGUGCUAUACUAAGCUUGUGAAAUAUUUUACUUUAUUUAAAAAUAAUUUUUUUUUUGCAUCUUUAAGUGCAUAGAUGAAUUCUUUGAGUUUGAUGCCCCUCUGGUGUUACCACAUCAAUAUGGCUUCUUUACCUGCAACCUUAUUGCCAAUGGCAUAGGCAAGGUAUGAGGCUAUCUAUCCUUUAUCAUUUGUCCCUUAUAAAAUAAAAUAAUAGACUUCAGAUCUGAUGGUGACCCUAGGGAUCACAUAGCAUAGCCCCUCUCACUUUAGAGAUGAGGAAACUGAGGUGCUGAGGUAUAAUAAUUUGCCCAAGCUCACAGAGCCAGUUAAUGGAAGGGCCAGGUCCUGAAUUCUGUUAUUCAAACUCCCAGGUCAUGCUUUUGCUACUACACCAUAUAUAAUAAAUGAGACAUUGGGUCAGAUGUCCAUUGUGAAACCUAUUGUACGUCAAAGCUUCUGAGUAAAAUGGUAUUCUCAAUUCUGCCAGUUUUUAUUGUGAUUUUAUAAUAAAAGCCAAUAUUCCACAGCA